UCUGACUCGGAAUCUUUUCAGUGUAACACGUCGUCUAGCAGUUAUGUCGCCCGGCGCAGGAGUCAGAUCGUUCUCUGUUAGAGUAGUUUAAAUUAAUCUUAAAAUUGUUCAGUCUGCAGUGCUGUUAGCCUGAAAUAUAUCUUUCCGACAUUAUGUUUGCCGUUAGAAGAACGUAAACGUUGCAGUAUUGAUUUAUUUUAAGUCACCUGUUUGGGCCAUGGCAUCUCUGUCAGAGGAGGUCCUGCUGGUGGUGAAAAAAGUCCGUCAGAGGAAGCAGGAUGGCACACUCUACCUGAUGGCUGAAAGAAUAGCCUGGGGUCCAGAAGGCAAAGACCGCUUCACUGUCAGCCACCUGUAUUCAGACAUCCGCUGCCAGAAGAUCAGUCCUGAUGGUAAAGCCAAGAUUCAGCUCCAACUGGUCCUACACACCGGAGACAGUACCACAUUCCACUUUGCCAAUGAGAGCACCGCACUUAAAGACCGAGAUGCUGCCAAGGAGCUGCUGCAGCAGCUACUGCCAAAGUUCAAGAAGAAGGCCAACAAGGAACUGGAGGAGAAAAACAGGAUGCUUCAGGAAGAUCCGGUGCUUUUCCAGCUGUACAAAGAUCUUGUGGUGAGCCAAGUGAUCAGUGCUGAGGAAUUUUGGGCCAACCGGUUAGGAGGCGUGAAUAAUGGGGAACCUGCACCUUACAACAACAAACAGGAAGUUGGAAUAUCUGGAGCAUUUCUGGCGGACAUCAGACCACAGACUGAUGGCUGCAAUGGCUUGAGAUAUAAUCUGACUGCGGACAUUAUCGAGUCCAUAUUUAGAACAUACCCUGCAGUGAAGCAGAAGUAUAGUGAAAAUGUGCCUCAUAACCUGACGGAGAAGGAGUUCUGGACACGCUUUUUCCAGUCUCAUUAUUUCCACAGAGACCGCAUCAACACAGGUUCACAGGAUAUUUUCUCAGAAUGUGCCAAGCAGGAUGAGAAAGGGUUAAAAUCUCUGGUGACCCAAGGAGUGAAGAAUCCGUUGGUUGACCUUUUGUCACUGGAGGAUAAAACAUUAGACGAGGGUUAUGGAAUAAGCAAAGCCCUGCCUUCAACCUCAAAUGCAAACAAGUCAGUGAAAGAGAGUAGCAACUCUGCCAUUAUAAAGCGAUUCAACCAUCACAGCGCGAUGGUGCUGGCAGCAGGCUCACGCAAGGGAGAUCUUCCCACCGACCAAGCCAGUGAGACUAGCAGCACAGACGGCAACUCCAGAGAUUCUGAUUUCUUUCAACCUCCACUGAAGAAGGUUAAACUACAAGAAGCCAUAGAAUAUGAGGAUCUGCAAAGGGAAAAUACUCCUAAGACAGUGGCGUUAAAUCUGAAGAAGUCUGACAGGUACGCUCAUGGUCCUGUUCCGCUUCAGUCCCAGCAGUACACAACCAGCCAAGACAUCAUCAACUCUGUCAGCUACAUCCAGCAGGAAAUGACCAAUUACAAACCCAACCUAACUCGGGUGUUGUCCAGCACCACAGCGACCUCUGCCAUAGCAGCGCUCUCUCCAGGAGGCGUUCUUAUGCAACCUGUUGGACAGCAAUCCAUAAACCAAAUGGUACCCACCGACAUCCAAGGAGAGCUGAAGCACCUUUACAUUGCUGCAGGGGAGUUAUUGAGACACUUUUGGUCCUGUUUUCCCGUAAACACACCAUUUUUGGAGGAAAAGGUGACAAAAAUGAAGACAAACCUGGAGAGAUUUCAAAUGACCAAACUUCGUCCUUUUCAGGAGAAAGUCCAACGACAGUACUUGAGUACAAAUCUUACAGGGCACCUGGAGGACAUGUUUCAGAUGGCCUAUAGCAAGUUUCAUAUUUGGCAAACCCGCAGGAUGAUGAGGAAAACCUGACCUGGGAAUUUUGUUUGUCAAAGAGAAGACGAGAAAGACUUUUAAUGUUUAGAAGAAAGACUUGGGAAGAUCCUCUAUGCCGUGAGAAGACCCAGUGGAACAUAGUUCACAAGGGCUCACUGAGGAUAUAGAGGGAUGCUGCUGCAGCCAAAAGUGUUUUAACAGAGUAUAAUUUCAUCUCAGUCACAGAUAACUACUAGUUUCAUUGUUUUCUUUGUGUUUCCUUAAUUGUUGAGAGUACUCUGCUUGUAACGGGUUAGCAGCAGGACUUUGAAAGCGGUGUAAUAUGACCAAACUUCAGCUGGAAGUCGGACAAAAGGCUCCCAUGACAACACACUGAGACGAGAUGCGGAGGAUGGCUGUCGUGCACACGGCAGAGAAAACAUACCUUGACACACAAAGAAACCCCAUAAAAUUGGGGUGAAGUGAAAGUAUUAAAGAAAAUCUGGAGCAAGAAGGCGCGUAAACAAAGCAAUACUGUUAAGACAAUUCACACUUGAGUGCAUUAGUCUGUGUGACUCAGUGGAAAUUGUCACUGGUUUAUAAUGUCUGCACUGAAGACAAAAAAAAAACAGAAUUAAAGUGAGGUAUUUGUUCAUGGCAGUGUCUUCUCCAAA